AUGGAGGACACCGCCGACAACACGACGGUCUGGACUCAGUUCGACAACUCAACAGACCGAAGCCCCGAAGCCGAAGACGAGGAGGUGAAGCUGAGCUACCAGGUGGUCACGCUGUUCCUCCUCGGCGCGCUCAUCCUGUGCGCAAUAUUUGGGAACGCGUGCGUCGUCGCGGCCAUCGCCUUGGAGCGGUCUCUCCAGAAUGUGGCCAACUACCUGAUCGGCUCCCUGGCCGUCACCGACCUGAUGGUGUCGGUGCUGGUGCUGCCCAUGGCGGCGCUCUACCAGGUGCUGAACCGCUGGACUCUCGGGCAGAUCCCGUGCGACAUCUUCAUCUCUCUGGACAUGUUGUGCUGCACGUCGUCCAUCCUGCACCUGUGCGCCAUCGCGCUGGACAGAUUCUGGGCCAUCACCGACCCCAUAGAGUACAUGAAGAAGAGGACGCCGCGCAGAGCCGCGGUGCUCAUCAGCGUCACCUGGCUGGUCGGGUUCUCCAUCUCCGUGCCGCCGAUGUUGAUCAUGCGCUCCACGCCCAGCAGCGUGGCGGAGGACAGGGCCAACCCCAAGCAGUGUAAGAUCCGGCAGGACCCCUGGUAUACUAUAUACUCCACUUUCGGGGCUUUUUACAUCCCGCUGACGCUCAUGCUGGUUCUGUACGGGCGGAUAUUCAAAGCGGCCCGGUUCCGGAUCAGGAGGACGGUGCGUAAAACGGAGAAAAAGAAAGUGUCCGACUCCUGCUCCCCGGCGCUGUUCCACAAAAAGACUCCCGGGGACGCGCAGGGCAAGAGCUGGAAGCGGAGCGUGGAGCCGCGGCCGCCGCCGCCGCCUGCGCCACCUGCGCCCGCGCCGCCGCUAAUGAGCGUCAACGGCGCGGUGAAGCACGCGGAGGACGGCGAGUCUCUGGAGAUCAUCGAAGUGCACAGCAGCAACUUCAAGGGCAACCUGCCGUUGCCCAACACGCCGACGGGCUGCGUGCCGCUGUUCGAGAGCCGCCACGAGAAGGCGACGGAGGCCAAGAAGAAGAUCGCCAUGGCGCGCGAGCGCAAAACGGUGAAGACUCUGGGCAUCAUCAUGGGCACCUUCAUCCUCUGCUGGCUGCCCUUCUUCAUCGUCGCCCUGGUGAUGCCUUUUUGCCCGGGCUCGUGCUACAUGCCCCGCUGGCUGGAGGACGUGAUCAACUGGCUGGGCUACUCCAACUCGCUGCUCAACCCCAUCAUCUACGCGUACUUCAACAAAGACUUCCAGAGCGCCUUCAAGAAGAUCAUCAAGUGUCAUUUCUGCAGACCGUGA